UCAGGAGUUUGUGCUGUAGCAGAAGUGUUUGAUCAAUAUUUCUAUUUCUUUCUUCUUUGAGGAAUGUAGGGGGAGGAGGCCAUUUUUGUUGGUACUCCUCUGACUUUUAUCCUGGUUUAAUGUUAGACAGAGAGAGAGGGAAGGGUUCUUGUAAUUUAUUUUCCUUCUUUUGCAUGUUUUUCUUAUGGUUUAGUCAGUUUUUCCAUGAUUUUUCAUAGGUUAUUUUGUUUUGUGAUAGUUGUGAUUGACAUCUUCUGCAACUAUCAAAUUAAACAUUAUUUUCUUUAGAGUGGUGUCUAUGGUGCUGCUUCUGGGACAGGAGGUUGGACAUCCUGGUUCUCUCUCUCCGAGGCUGUUAUUUCACUUCCUGCUUCGUAAUUCCCUAUCGGAGGUCGACGUUCUUUCCCAAUCCGAAACUGGGAAUUACGACUUUCCCCAGCAUUAACUGACUGAGCAGACAGUUGAAAAUGGCUCAGUGAAAGAGUGCAACAGAGGUAUGGUGGCUAUAAAAGUUUCCUGUCAAUGAUAAUGCCUCCAAGGAAGAGACCCCUCAUUCCUGUUAGCGCAAGACGGCGGCCAAAAGGUGAUGAUGAUUACUUCCCCUUCAACCUACUGCCAGUGGAGUGUCAGCUCCAUGUGCUUUCAUUCCUGAGUGAGGUGGACAAGUGUAACUCAGCGCUUGUGUGCUCAAGCUGGAGCUGCCUGGUGCGCUCUGGGAAACUGUGGAGAGUUGCAGACUAUUCUCGCCGUGGAGUGUUCCGUCUCGGACAGGAGGGAUUACUUGUGUCCAACAGAGAGUUUGAGCGCUGGAAGUCAUGGGUUCACCAUUAUACUCACCAUCUCAUAUCUCGCGGGGCUAGUCUGCUUACUCUCAAAGCAAGCUUUGAUUUGGGGGACCAGUGCAAUAAAUGGGGCGAACUCCUCUCUCAUCUAUUGGAGAAUGUCCACUGUAGGGAUCUCAGUCAUUUAGACUUGAACUGGACAUUCACUCUGCUGGAGCCGUUGGACCUCAGAGUCCACUCUGGUUCUAACUCACACCAAGAUGUCAUCAGUAAAAUGGACCAAGUUAAUAAUUUCCAGAUCCUUUUAGCCAAAGUAGCCCAGAGCUGCCCACGAAUCACCAAGAUGCGGCUGCACUUUGAUUGGUCUGACAAGUCAGUAGCUUUAAUAGCUCAAUUUCAACACUUGCGCAUUUUGGAACUUAAGUACUUCUGGGUCUUUAAAGGGGUGAGCCCAAGCACCUUGCAAGCACUGACGAAAUCACUACCUAACCUCAAGUCCCUUACUCUCAAUGUUCUAGUGCCACUUCGGAAUUUGGGCAUUUCAUACAUUCUUGAAUCAUUGUCCCUGGAGUUCCUUGAUGUUUCCCUCAGCCGAGGUCUGGUCUUCUCUAGCCUCAAACUGCCUGCACUGAGAGAGUUGCGGGCUAAAAAGAUUGUACGGGGGAUUACUCUGGACCGCCGAACCAGGAUCCGAAUCCAGAGCAGGUGGCCUUGCCUGUAUCAGGUCUUGCGAGAUGGGACGCCCAGGCUACAGGUGCUCAACAAUGAACGACUACUUCCGAACUGGAAAGAGCAGACUUACGACGAGCUUACUUCUAUUCUCCAACAGUCUUGUUACUGUCUGCAGCAUCUGGAUAAUUGGAUCUGGUAAACAAACUGUCAAAAAUAAGGGCACAGACCUGUAAGGAGCAAGGAGGAUGAGAAUCAUUUGUGAAACUGACAAACACCUGUCACCAUUUAUUAAACAUAUAUAAUGAUUCAAAACACAAUAAGCCACCCUAAAAUUGAAAGAGAUAAUAUAAAGCACAAUUGUGAGGGCAUUUGUGUUGAAAUUUCAGACCAAAUAUCUCUGGUCAAUAAAAAAAUAUGAUAGCUAUUUGAGGACUAGCUAUAGAGUUCAGUUUUAUCUAGUGAAUGAAAUUGCCGUACUCAAAUGUAGAAAAGGAGAUAAAAUCCUAACAGGAGGGGUGGAAAGCAAUGUGUGUUCUAGAUCUUGGUUUGUACACUGCUCUCAGUGUCUCAAUACAGAGGUAUUGCAGAAUGAAGAAUGGAUAUUUGUUAAUAAACCAGGCCUAAAUAUUUCCAAGAUUUGCAAACAAUAGUUUUACUGACUUUUUAAAAAUUUUAUUUCUAUUUUAAAAUUCCCUUCAAAAUGUUUCCUAUAGGAUAACCCUUGUGGUUGACGAUGCACCAGGCCACUAAUAGGAUAAAGCUAACAUGCCAGAAUCUAGUUAAACAUUUAUUUUUAAACAAUGCUUUAAUAAGAUAUUAGUCUUAAUCUUUUUAAAAAUAUAUAUAUAUAUGGGAUUUAUCUUGCACCAGACUGACCAGUAUGCUCACACUGACAUUACAGUUUACAGAGUUUUAUUAAAUCAUUCCUUUUCUCAAAAUUUAAUGCAAAAUGUAAUGUAGUAAACCUGUAAUUAAUUGAUUUUAUGACGAAUGGUGGUGCACAGACUUGCAAAAUGUCCAAAGAUCUAAACGACCAACUAAUGUGAAAAGUUUUUCAUAUAUUGCAUUUAUGUAGUUUCCUCCCAGAUAGUUGCUUUCCCGUACAUCAAAUGUUUAUGCAUAGAGAGAUCCAGUCAUGUAUGUGUAGUGCUUCAUACUUAUCCAUAGAGGUCCUCUUAGCUUCAGGUUUUGUACUACCAUCAGCAUUUUUCUCUGUGCUUGUUACCAUAAUUUAUUAGUUUGCAACUUGCACUGAUUUUUUUAUGCUUAAAGGCAAAUUAAAGCAGUGAAUAUUGAAUUGCUAACGACUUCCAGAAUAAAGUUUACUGGUUUGACUGUCCAUAUAGUUUCUUUCUAUGUGUCUUCUAAAUACUGCAUCAGGUAUUAUAAUGUUACUGUGUCAAACAUAGUUUUCAUUUAUACUGGAAAUUCUGAAAUUCGGAAAAAGUUUCCAAAAAUCCAUCCUGAAAGAAUAGUAGUGGCUAGUCAGUGUUCUGUGGUCUUACUGUAACCGGUCUUUACAUACUUUCAGAAAUAAUUUUUAAAACAAUCUAAAAAGAAUUGCUUCUCAUGCACUCUGCACUGCUGUUUACAGACUACCCAUAGAGGUUAGAGUUAGCUCUCUACAAAUUUCUUAAUGUAAUCUCACAUAUUCCUAAUAUGAUUUAAAUUAGGUGACUGUGCUGGCCAUUUUAUUUAAACUUCCUACUCAAACUACUCCCUCAUUUGAUGUACCAUAAGGCAUCUUGCAACUUGUCACUAGGCGUUGGUAAAGCUGGGCAAUAAGGAUCAGGGAGUUUAUCAGUAAGUCAGUAUAAUUUUCCACUUUUGUCAAAAAUCCAAUUCAGCAGUGAUUCAUCCCAAGACCAUAAUUCCACCCUCACUCCCCAUAACUCUUCUCCCAGUGUCCUCCUCACAUAGACUCAUCACUUCAAUGGAGAAGAAACCUGGAUUCAUUAUUAAAAUUCACUUUCUUGAUCACAUUCGGCCACUUAUUGUUCUCUGGCAAAAUCUUGUUCAGCCUGUUUGUGUGCAGCUGUAAGCCACAGCUUCCUUCUUGACUUGCGACCAAACAUCCCAGCCUCUCUCAAUCUUUGUUGGUUGGUAGAUUUUAAGAUGCACUCCAUACUCAUGUCCAGGGGCCUAAGCUGGCCUGGGCGUUUGGGGCUUCAGCCCCGAAGAUUUUUUCUUGAUCUCUGAAUAAUUCUCCACUUGGAGCAGUUUGUCAAUACACCACUGAACGUCAGUCAAAGAAGACG